AUGUUGAUCUUUGCAUAUAUACUAAGUACAUAAUGUUUAUUAAGUUCAUAUCUUUGAUGACUAACCAUCUCUACAUACGAGGUUCAUAAUUAUUCAAGCAUUGCUUCUCGCCUAUACAUAGGUAGUACGGAUUGGAUAUAAAAUAGACAGGUCGCAACGGAUUUCUGUUUACAGUGUGAUAGAUAUAUGACAACAGUCUAAUGCGCAGGAAUAUUGGCAUACACAGACUUCUACUUAAAAGUGGUUACUCGUCAAAAUUUACCAGCGAGAGUACUACAAUGACGUCUUCUGUAUCAAUACCACACAUCUCGCAUAAAUAACUUAUACGAUGGAUUCUGGUGAAAACAAACACGAUGCUGAGUACAAUGUGUCCACCGAAAAGACAAACGUUGAUUCAAGCACAUCUGGCACGGGGUAUCAACCGCGGAAGUCUCGAACUCGUUUGAUUAUUAUUGGAGUGGUAGCUGCUGUCAUUGUUCUUGCUGUCGUCAUCGUAGUUGUUGUUGUAGUUGUCACGCGAACGAAAAAUGUUGAUGAAGAGGCAGAGAAGGAAACAACUACUAUUGAAGAUGAAACAACAGGUUGCGGACCUUUCAACGUAACGUACUCUGAUAAAGCUCCAACUUUUAUAGUUUCAAGUGGGUCAUUGUUUUACAUGACUGGAUGCAAAAUAAGUGGUAAUUGCUGGACAAGAAAACAGUGUUACGAUUGUCUUGAAGGCCCUAACAGGGAUAGAGUCGGGAAUCUCAACCAUAUACCUGUGUGUUGUCCAGACUGUGGAAGAUACGGGCUCUCGCUGUCAUGGUCCAGCUGUAACUGUAAUAACCACGGACUCUGACCUCACAGAUGUUUCCAGAAAUAACGACAGUGCCAAAACGUUUGUGAGCAAAUUGGAUGGGGGACAAUUACAAAUAAAUUAAAAUUUAUUGAAAUAUGUUUCAAUGCAUGAUGUUCAGUUUAAAUUCAAAAGUAACAAUC